AUUGGUAAGUUGUAAUACAUAGUUACAGUGUGACAACAGGAUUGUUUUUGCACUUCGGAUACAAUGAAAUAUUACUGCAGGUGCAGAGAGGAUCGAGUCAUUGCGUGACAUAGCCAGUGAUGGGGACAAACAGCCAGAGCACCACCAUCAUGGAAAGUGAGGAUGACGUCCCAGCUCCCUCUCAGUUCAGCGACGACACAGCAGUGUGCAUUGUUUCUGUGAAAGGCUUAAAGGAGAACUGGCAGAAGUGGUCUGACGAGCACCAGGAGUACCAGAAGCACAAUCCCUUCAGUCACGACACCAGGCCCAGUGUGGUGGUCCCUCAGAGGGGGCAGGACGACUAUGGGAGGCCCUUGCAGGGUUCCAUGACAGAGCAGCGGGGGAAAGAUGCUCACACACAUAUCAGCAGAGAGGUUCAGGAGCUGUGUGAGGUGAUAAGGAACAUCGGAGAGACGAGACACCGCGAUGAGGGUGGAAGCAGCAGCGAUGGGAAAAUGAUCACUGUAGAAUUUGGGAAACUGUUUGAGCAUUAUGUGACUAUCUCCAAUAAACUGGUGGGGAUUCUUCUGCGAGCGAGGAAGCAGAGGCUGGUUAACUUUGAGGGGGAGAUGCUGUGGCAGGGGAAGGAUGACCAUGUAGUUAUCACUCUGUUACAGUGA